AUGUUCAUCUGGCCGAAGAAGUCACCUCCUCUUGCUCCUCAUCUGCCAAGCUUUUAGAGUAGUCUGAUGUUUCCAAACCACACACCAGAGUGUUUUCCAAAGGGGUGUGUAAAAAAGGGAUUUCCAGGAAGGAAACCAUAUCUGCUUUGGCAGGGGGCUCGUGAAGGAAAGACAGAAUGUGUGGAAUGUUGAACGUAGCAUUUGCAAAGAAACGUUGUUUAAAUGCACCUAAGACCUUUUGAGAAGCUUUCACAAGAGUUCCAAGAUGGGAGAACAAGACCCCAGUGACAGGCUAGGAGGAGACUCUCUGAAAGACACAAAGGAAAAUGGCACCGGAAGCUUCUCCCAGUUCUCCUCAAGCGUACGCACCAUGGUGCGCAUUCGCCAAAAGUACCAGGCCAUGAAAAAACGGCGUCUUGAAAUAGCAUCAGUGUCAUCCCAGGGCUUAAUGUCUCCACGGUCCACCAGCCCAAAGGUUUUCACUUUUGAUAAUAUCCAAGACCCCAUAAGCUCUAACCCCUCUUCCCCACGCAAGCGGAAGAAAAAGAGGAGGACACGGGUUUUAUAUCCGAGCAACAGUUUGAGAGCCGUACCUACAAAAGAGAGAAGCCGUGCAAAGAACUGCCUCUACUUGUUGUGCAUCAUUGUAUUUCUACAAGUUUACAAUGCCAUUGAGAACUUGGAUGACCAUGUACUCAAAUAUGAUCUGGACGGACUGGAGAAAACACUUAAGAGGGAAGUGUUUGGCCAACAGGAAGUUGCAGACAGUCUUCUGGGUCAUUUGCAUGAUUAUUUGUCAACUUAUGUACACAAUAAACCUUUAGUGUUGUCGCUUCACGGGCCUACUGGAGUUGGGAAGAGCCACGUUGGCCGAUUACUAGCUCAGCAUUUCCGCUCAGUUGUUGGCGACGACUUGGUGAUGCAGUACUUCGUUCUGCACCAUUGCCCAACAGACGACGAUAUCCCACAAUGCACUAAAUCUCUGGACUCUCACGUCUCGGAAAUGGUGACUCAGGCUGAGGAACAGGAGAAGAUACCGGUCUUUAUCUUCGAUGAGGUGGAACACAUGCCUAGGGAGUUGCUGGACACACUGCAAGACCUGAUUCAUCCCAAAAACAACAACGAAUACUUAAACGCCAUCUACAUUCUCAUCAGCAACCUGGGACAUGAAGACAUCACCAAAUUCGUUCUGCACAACUCCAGCGUCGCCGUCUCGGGCCAUCUGAGCUUGAUUCAGGAGCUGAACCCUUGGUUGCGAGGCUACCUUGAAAGAUACCACAUGCUAUUUUUGGAGGCAGAGCUCCUGCCCUUUAUGCUUCUGGAGAAGAGCACCGUAAUGGAUUGUUUUAUUGAUGAGAUGUCCAGGGAAGGAUUUUAUCCAGAUCGAUCCCAUGUAGAAAGACUUGCAGAAGAACUAUCAUACUACAUAGUUGGCGAACGGGAAUUUUCUCACACCGGAUGCAGGCAGGUUGUGGCAAAAGUGAACCUUCUCUGAAACCAAAUCUGCCGUGCAGAUGGUCAACGUGAGGAAAUUGUUAUUGGUGCCAUGAGAAUGGCAAUUCUUUUCACAUUUCAUUGUGCAUUCUAUGUAAAAAAAAUUGUUGUACAGUUAUACGUUAUAUUUGUAAAGAAAAUUGCAUACUGUACUGUUUCAAAGUUUGGGGUGCGUACUGCGUACAUUUAUUUUUAUGUUGAAAGAAGUCUCUUCUGCUCACCAAGAUUGCAUUUAUUUGAUUAAAAAAUACAGUAAAAACACUAAAAUUGUGAAAUACUAUUACAAUUUAAAGUAACUGCUUUCUACUUGAAUAUAGUCUAAAAUGUAAUUUAUUCCUUUGAUCAAAGCUGAAUUUUCAGUAUCAUUACUCCAGUCUUCAGUGUCGCAUGAUCCUUAAAAACUGCAGUUAUUUGAAUAAUAUUUUUUUAACAUAUUUACUGUCACUUUUGAUUGAUUUAAUGCAUCCUUGCUGAAUAAAAGUAUGAAUUUAUUUAAUAAAUAAUUUUCUAACCCCAGACUUUUGAACAGUACCGUAUUUUUCCUCAUUUUUGUACUGUGAAGCAGGUCCAUGAAACAAGCACAACUCUAAAUAACACAAAACAGCAUUCAGUUUUUCUUUGUUUAUUAAAAUUUCUCCAACUUAUUCAAGAUUGUAAAAUUAGUUAUUAUAUAUGAUAACAAUAUAAAUAAUAGUAAUAUGCAAAAAACUGUUUGUAUGUACAACGCAUUGAUAUCUGUACCCAUAAAGAGUUCAAUGCACAAAAAGCUAAUUUGUACACCGAAACACUUUUAAAAUGGUUUGCAAGCGGUAUUAUUUCCCACAAUACAGAGUUGCACUCUAACCAUCAAUGAGUGUGAAAAAAGAUAGUGUUGCUAGCUCUAAAAAUACGCGUGCCGUCUGUUCAGUUUCCUGUGAGGCCUAAAGCCCUAGAAGUGCAACAUCACUUCUACAGCAUCCUGAGAAACCUCAACUACAACCAUCCAAGUUUAUGACCUUUGCUCACCAACGUGAUAAACCAAGUCCUUAACAUGCACUGACAUCACCAGAGAAACACGCAAAGCUUGCACAUCUACCGCUACUUGUGUAAUUUGGUUUGCUCUAGGUAAAUAUACGGCUGUCGUUAAAUAAAUUAGGUGAUCAGCAAAUAUUUCCCUUAGAAGGCCAGAUCUUACGGCCGGUUGAGAUUAAAUCACUCGGCUC